AUGGCUACAGCAUCCGACGAUCCUAACCGUCGGUUCUCGACAGGUGUAGGAAGUGAACCCGAAAUCAUCGAAGAACACCAAGAAGAAGCUCCCACUGUCAGCCACGCCCUCGCCGAAGAGAGCAAGAACUUUGAAGAGAAAGGCGCAGCGCAGCUCGAACAUGGAGAUGUCGAGGUCAAGAACCUGGGAUGGAACGAGCCGCCUCAAGCUGUACCGCACCUCGUGGGAGGACUAAAGAAUGAAGAUGUGUGGACUUUGCUUCGACGCUUCGACAAGCAGGUCUUUUACGUCAAGAGUAUCCAGGAACCUCCGCUGGGAAUGUUGGAUAUGAACAUUGCAGACGACGAAGAGUUUUCGCCAGAGAAGCUUAGAGCGCAGAUUGAGCGGCUUUACGUGUCUGUUAUGGUGCAGCUGUUUGCCUUUUACAAACAGAUCGUUCGUCUUAGGUCGUGGAAGGAGACUAGGCGAACUUCUGCUUUCCUGGGAGUGUAUACUCUGGCAUGGUUGCUCGACAUUCUUGGCCCGAUCCUUAUCAUCUUCCUCAUGAUCCUCAUCUGGUCUCCCGAGGCUCGCGAUAUCUGUUUCCCUGGCGCACCACCAUCACUUAUUGAUCCCAAGACGGGUGGAGUCAAGACCCCAGCUGCUGGUGUACUCGCUUCUGAUGACUCAGUUACUGGCGCGCCCGAGAAGCACAAGGGAGAAGCAGUUGAACAGGAAGCUCACAGCUUUGUGACGAGCCUUUCUACGAUUGUUGUUAGCACUGCUGCUGGAAAGCACCCCCAGACGGACCCCGACGACGACAGCGCUGCUCCAGACCCAACCAAGCUCACUGAAGAAGCCACCGAGGCUCGACAAAAGUCUGUGGGAGAGAAUCCCAAAGCUGAACACAACAGGGCCAAGAAGCCAGUGUCCAACGCUGUCUGGGACAAGGCUCGUCCGACGAUGCAUAUGAUCGCUGACUUUGUCGAUACCUGGGAGCGCUUCGGAAACGCUCUUAGUCCCGCUGCACCUUUCCACUGUCAUCGACCCAAGCUUAUCCUCAUUGCUGUUCUCGUGCCAAUGCUUCUCGGAUCUUAUUUCACAUCUCCGUACAUGGCCAUGAAGGGCAUGGGAUUCGGCGCUGGCUUUGGAUUCUUCGGCGAUCCCAUCAUUACACCUUCUUUGAACUUUAUCAACAGAACCUAUCCUCGUUGGGAGAAGUAUGUUGAACUCCGAAACACCAUUCUUCGAGGUGUCCCGACCAAUGCGCAGUUGGCCAUCACUCUUCUCCGUAUUGGGGAGAAGAACAAGGCUCCUCUGCCUCCGCCGCCCACUUCCGACGUCCCUCCUCCAACUGAACCCCACGAGACUGCUGGAGAAGGUCUUGAACAUCUAGAAGGAGUAUCGCAGGCCGAGAUUGCCGCGGCUGUUCAGCCCGACCCCAACAUACUUAACGAAGAUGAAGAACACGACGAAGAAAAGAGCAAACAUAAGAAAUCGCAUCGUAUUAUGAAUUUUAUCCGAACUACUGCCAAGGGCGGCGUCACAACAGCUUUGGCUGCGGACAAGGCCAAGGCCAAAGCAGGCGCUCAUCACGCAAAGAACCGUCUGGGUGUCGUCAAAGGUGAACAACCCAAUCCCAUCACUGGACCCAUCCGUUUCCCAGCGCGAUACAAGGGUAAGAAGGGCCAUGCAUACAUCACAGCUACGGCUACUACACCUGCUGUUAGCUGGACGAUUGAGCUUGAAGACCUGAAACCCGCCUGGACGGUAUCAAUUGGGGAGAUUGAUGAGUUGAAGAAGAUGGGCGGUCUUGGGUGGAAGAGCAAGAUCAUUGUUGGAUGGGCGAUGGGUAGUGAGAUUGUGGAUGGAUUGAUCAUCAAGACCAAGGAUGGACAGGAGCAUCAUCUCACGGCUGUGUCUAUGCGGGAUCAAUUAUUUAACAGGUUGAUUUCUAUGGGGAGUCAGAUGUGGGAGGCGUUGUGA